AUAAAAUAAUGACGGAUUAAAAAACAAUAAUUUAGUUUAGGGAUUAGUUAUGGUAAUAGAGCAAGGUCCUCGUCAUUCAACGCGGGUGACAUGUCUAAUUGACUGUAACGCUUACUUUCAAUCUGCUUGCCGCCUCUCUUCUCUCUCUAGCUUUCUUCAAAGUCUCUCUCUCUUUCUCUCUCUAGCCUUCUUCAAAGUCCACUUAUGCUCAGUCUUCUUCUGUAAAGCAAUUUCUCAAACGGUUAGUAGGCAACGCCGUUUGAAACUGGACACAGACGGAGAGAGGAGACAAGUGUUCAAAACCUAAUUUAUUUUGAGCCUCCAUUUGGGUUUCCUUGCAGAUAACCCAUUGCAGAGGAGAGACAGGUUUUCUUUCCAUUAGGUUUUCUCUUGUCUAGAGAGAGAGAGGGGUGAUGGGUGUGAGGAUGGGUGUAGUUUAGAGUGUUGUUUUUCAGUUGGGUUUUUCUGGAUAUGGGGAGGGCGGCUUUCGGGCUAGCGGUAGGGUGUGCGGUGGUGUCUUGCGCGAUAGCUGCUGUUCUUGUAAGGAAAGGUGUAGAGAGACGAGCAAAAUGGAGCAGAGUGGUUGGUGUUUUGAGAGAAUUUGAAGAAGGGUGCUCCACCUCUGGUCAUAGGCUACGGCAGGUGGUUGAUGCUAUGGCUGUUGAGAUGCAUGCUGGCUUGGCCUCCGAAGGUGGUAGCAAGCUCAAAAUGUUGCUCACAUUCGUCGACAACUUGCCUAAUGGCAAUGAAAAGGGGCUUUACUAUGCACUUGAUUUGGGAGGCACUCAUUUUAGAGUCUUGCGGGUUCAUCUCAAAGGUACAAAGCAAAAGAUUUUGGAUCAUAAGGUGGAGAAGCAGGCAAUUCCUCCACAUUUAUUAACUGGUACAAGUGAGGAACUCUUUGGUUUCAUUGCAUUAACGCUCAAGAGAUUUAUUGAGAAGGAAGGGGAUGAUUUUGAGCUUCAACCAGUCAGUAGAAGAGAUCUAGGUUUUACAUUCUCAUUUCCUGUGAGGCAAACCUCGGUUUCUUCUGGCUUCCUUAUCAAGUGGACAAAGGGCUUUGCAAUCGAAGACAUGGUUGGCAAAGAUGUUGCAGAGUGCUUACAAUCGGCAAGGACGAUGUUAGGGCUGGAUGUACGAGUAGCUGCACUGAUCAACGACUCCGCGGGCACGUUGGCUCUGGGACAUUAUCAUGAUGAAGAUACCAUGGUUGCUGUAAUUAUUGGAACAGGCACUAAUGCUUGCUACAUUGAGCGUGCAGAUGCAAUUAUUAAGUGUCAAGGACUUAUUUCAAACUCUGGAGGCAUGGUAAUAAACAUGGAAUGGGGCAAUUUCUGGUCAUCUCAUUUGCCAAGAACUCCUUAUGAUGUUGACUUAGAUGCAGAAAGCCCUAACCCGUAUGACCAGGGUUUUGAGAAAAUGAUUUCAGGCAUGUAUCUAGGUGACAUUGUAAGGAGGGUGAUCCUUAGGAUGGCAAAGGAAGCUGAUCUUUUUGGGGAGGUUGGCAAGAGUCUCUCAGAACCCUUUACUUUGAGGACACCAUUGAUGUGCGCCAUGCACCAGGAUGAAUCUUCUGACUUGAGGGAAGUUGCCAGGAUCAUGGAGGAAACUCUAGAGGUGUCAAAUAUCCCUCUUAGGGUGAGGAGAUUGGUGGUGAGAGUGUGUGAUGCAGUGACACGCAGAGCUGCUCGACUUGCUGCAGCUGGCAUUGUCGGGAUACUGAAGAAGAUUGGAAGAGAUGGAAAAGGAGGCUCUUCUUCUAAUAGUAGUGAGGGUGUGAGGAGAACAGUGGUGGCAAUUGAAGGGGGUCUAUAUGAGAACUAUUCAUUGUUUAGGGAGUACAUGCGCGAUGCCUUGGAAGAGAUCUUGGGUGAGGAGAUGUCGCAAAAUGUUGUUCUCCGUCUUUCACAAGAUGGGUCGGGAUUGGGCGCUGCCCUUCUCGCUGCUGCCGUCUCUUCCUCUUCCUCCUUAUCUUCUCUAGUUUGAUCAUUAGUGGCCAUUAUAAUCACUUGAUGUAAAUGCAAUAGUAUCAUAUAUAUUAUAAAUAUAUAUUUAUUAUUGUUAUUCUAUAUAUUAUAUCUACAUAUAUAUAGAUAAUAUAAAGCCUGGGCUUGCUGCUGGUGUUCUCCCAAUGUUGUAAAAAAACUGUAAUUCUGAAUGAAUCAAAGUAGGUGUUAUUGAUUCCUGUUUCCUAGAAGAGACGAAGGGUAAAAUGUGCCCUCCUUCCACUCUUUAUCAUUCUUGAAGGGGAAGGUUCCUUCUUUCCCCUCUUAUUGUUCUUGAAAGGGAAGGUUCUAUUCCCAAUUAGAAUACAGGUGGCUGUAGUCUAUUUCAUGGAAAGAGAGGUGCCGUGUGUUUCAGCCAUGUCUUUGGAAGAUUAAGGGGCGUUGUUUUGUAUCAGUUGGAAAAUAACACAACAAAGGAAUAAUGAGGCGCUGUGAGGGCCAAAGUGGGAAAAGGAGAGGAGAUGAACCCGUAAAAAAUUUCAGGUAUUGAUAGCACUUUUUUUGGACUGUAGAUCGCAGAGAGAAAUGGUUUUAUAAGAAUGAUUGAGAAUGAUUUUUGUUUGUCUUGACAGAACUAUGACAUUCAAUUUAUAAAGGGAUGAGAAGAACCGGUUGUCAA